CAGAUGAGGAGUUUGUGGGCGGAAAAGUCGUGCCCUGCUUCUGCUACAGCUGAUGUGUCUCAGCAGAGCGUCUGCAAACGGGUUUCUAUAAAAAUAAAGUCAACUUCUGUGAGACGCAGUCGAAAUAAGUCAACAUACCAUUGAUGGAUUCUUCUCUCGAAUUCUCCGGUUCGUUGGGCAGCAGCUGGUCUUCAGCCCUGAGCCGCUGUAGAACCUACAAAGUCCUGGUGAUCGGUGACUCGGGAGUGGGAAAGACCUGCCUCACUCACCGACUCUGUGCAGGACAGUUCCCCGGCAGAGUGGAGGCCACCAUCGGCGUGGACUUCCGCGAGAGAGUGUUGGAUGUGGAUGGAGAAAAACUCAAGCUCCAGCUCUGGGACACCGCAGGACAGGAGCGCUUUCGCAAGUCCAUGGUUCAGCACUACUACAGAAAUGUCCACGCUGUGCUCUUUGUUUUUGACGUCACCUGCCCACCCAGCUUCAGUGGCCUGUUGUCCUGGGUAGAAGAGUGCAGAAAAAACUCUGUUGGACAGGACAUACCCAGAUUCCUAGUUGGUAAUAAGGGUGACCUCCGUGACCCCAAAAGGACCCGGGAGCAGGUGGGCCAGGAGCAGGCAAUCAGCUUCGCCAGUGUUCACGGAAUGAUGUUUUUUGAGACAUCAGCCAAGAACCCUCCACUUAAGUGUGUGAAUGGACAGAGGGCCAGCAGCAAGGGUUCGUAUCAGCAGGAGGACGUGGAGGACAUCGUGUUGGCACUGGCUGCCAAACUGAAGCGUCAGAAAAAUCAUUCGUCAGUGAACGCUGCAGCGCACAAUGGCUCCUUCAAAGUCCUGAACAAGAAGAAUCCAGAGAAAGACUUCUGGACCUGCUGCUGAGAUGAAAACCCCGAUUCUGUUCACACCUGGAAAACUGCUCCAAGAACCGAUCUGAACCGAACUGAACCUCAGUCCUUCAAUCUGAGUGUGUGCUGCCAUGGUUGUGGCACUCAUUCUUCUCAUGGAUAGUUUUCUCCCACUGCAGCAUCAUUGUCUGUUGUUUUUCUCAGACGUGACUCAUUCGGAGUACGACCGGGUGGAUGAAGACUGUAUGGGUGAGGAGUGGGUGGGUGAGGCUGGAGUUGUUUAAUGCCAGUUGUGGGGAGUUCUUUUUCCAAACCCUGCUUGUAAACAAUCAGAUUAUUCCCAGCAGACUCUGAACCAUGUGACUUGUAGUAGUGGACCAAUCAUCAGUGAGACCUUACAUCUGUCCCUAAACAUGGAUAUUUUGUAAAUAAUGUGAUGCUCUUUUUUGAGUCUCCUGCUUGAAAAUAUUUGGUAUAUCUGUGAUUAUAUUGUUUAAAAUAGUUUCAAAAUAAAAGAAGAAUGAAUGUAGAGGUGGAUGGAGGCUGGACAGUUACUGCUCACUGCAAGGAGAGCAGCAUGUUGUUCAUGGUCCAUGGUUCAACCUCCACUUUAGGUGCUAUAGUGGUGCAGUGGUAGAACCUCUGUCCCACCUCCCAGAAGGUUCCAGGUUUGACACCACCUGGUCCCCAAAACCCCAGCAUGGAGUAGUUGCUAAAGUUGGGGGCAAGGCCCAGUUAAGGGACGCAGAGCUAUGGCAGGGAAUUUCUUUUGACUGCUUUUAAUUUUUUUUUAAUAUGCUCUGUUGAAUUAGAUUUGCAGAUAUGUAGGAAUUGCAGCAAACAAAAGGGGGCGCUGUAAAAAAAAGUUUUGUAUUGGUUGAAAUUACACUAAGAAAAUGAUGAAGCUAUAUGGCAUCGCAGAGACCACCAUGUUGUGGAUUGAUUUCCACCACACCUUAAGUCAACUCAAAGUAGAAGUAACCAAAAUAUUUGGGUUUUUUUUAAGGUCUGAUGAAACUGAUCUGAAAUAUCUCCAGGUUGAGACGAUGCUGUGAAGAUGUUUACAGAAGGUGUUUAUUUCUCUCAGGACAUUCCUUCUCCAGGACCACCACUGACUCCACUGUGGUCACACUGCUGGUCUUGUGUGUGACAUGUGUGGGCGUUGAAAAUGUGUUAUAACUCUGCGUGUCACGGAUGACUCAGGUCGUCACAUGAUGGAGGAAAACCUCUUCUCUUACACACUGCAGCAGACUGGAGGUUCUCUGUGUGCUACUGAGCGUGCAUGAGUGUUAUAGUGUCACAUUAGUGCAACAUUCCCCAGCCCAGAGGCAAACGUCCUUCACAUUGCACACAAAGUGCAGUUAGACCAAGAGGAGAAGUCUUUGAUGAUCUUUAGUCUCACAGUUCAGUUUUUUUUGCCUAUAUUCAGAAUAUAUGUUAGGAUGGACUGAGGUGAGUGUUUAACCACAGCUGUGGUAUACUGUAGUCCUGCUGUGUGUCAGUGUGUUUGUUCUCACACCAGUUGUUGAUCUGAUCAGUAACUUCAUUGUCAUUGUCAUUAGUAUAACUAGUACUGUUCUUAGCUGAACACAGUAGACCUGUGCUGCUGUAUUUGUCAGGUAUAUGUUAGUUCGUACGGACAGUACUUUGAAAGACAAAUAUUUAUGGAGCUGGUAGGGGCUGUAUGCCAAACAGCAGCUUUAUAUUUUACACCAAAGUAACGUUAGACUGAAAUAGGAAGUGGAGGUGAUAAAAAAAAAUCCAGUUCUAUCAUCAGUAUCACUUAUUGAUUCGAUUCCUCAUUGAUUCUCUUGUAAACUAUAGGAAAUAAAAAAAAAAGUACAAACAGCAGCUGUUUGCUUCAACACUUAUUCUAAGAACUUCGAUCGAGACAAAAUCAAAAAACACCAUGAAAAGCUAACAUGUAAGGAGAGACUGUAGCUCAGACUGUAGGUCACACUGCCUAAAGGUUUGUUUUACAUGUAACGGUUCAACAAUGUACUCCAGCAGAGAAAUGCAGUAAAGAUCCACAUGUUUACUUGUUGUUGUUUACAGUCGUAAAAAUAAAACCUAUAAAUGAAUCUGA